GUAGCGAACAGCAUCCGCGCACAGUGCUCUGGAACACGCCAGGGCAGUACUAGAUAUCUCCUCCCUAUACCAUAUUGAGCCGAGCUGCAAACUAGAUGCGCAGAGGAACUCGAGUUCACACUUGUCUUUUGACUUCUCGUUGAUGUAGACGCGCCGGGGUUUACCCGCGACCCACCAUAAUGAUUUCGCUCUGUAUUUUAAUACACCGCAGUAUGGCUUCAUCAUCACCAUGACGCAAGGCAAAUAGGCGUCCCCAGUACGCAGGUGCGGAGAGAGACGUGAGGAAGGCUUCCUAGUGUUGCGCGUAUGAUGGAAGGCUUUACCGUUAUGUCGAGGACGAAGAUGUGAAAAUGUGAUAGUAUUUCUCUCACCAAUGGAACUAUGGGAUUUCUUUUGGUUGACAAGCAGGGCCAUCAGAAUCAGCGGAUGGUUGUCUUCGGUGCCAUCUUCCUCCUCACCACGCUGCUCAUCCUCUACAGCUCCAACAGCGGCAGCCAGCUCUACUUCUCCGUAGGGGCAAGCAACCACCACUAUGUCUCCAAGAACACCAACCUCAAGACCUGGUCCACCAGAGACACCUACGUUCCUGUCUAUGGGAACAAGACAUUCUCGCUGCACUGUGGCCACUGCGCCCUGGUGACCAGCUCCAGCCACGUCCUGGGCAGCGGGGCGGGCCGGGAGAUCGACGGCUCGGAGUGCGUGAUCCGCAUGAACGACGCGCCCACCUCCGGCUUCGAGCGGGACGUGGGCAACCGCACCACCCUGCGCGUGGUGGCCCACUCCAGCGUCUUCCGUGUGGUCCGCCGGCCGGCCGAGUUCCUCAACCUGUCGACCACGGACAUGUCCGUCGUCUUCUGGGGCCCGCCCACCAAGAUAGGGCGCGACGCCAAGGGCACGCUGUUCCGCCUCAUCCAGAGGGUCAGCGCCACGUACAGGAACGUGUCCUUCUACACCAUCACGCCCAGCAAGAUGAAGAAGUUCGACUCGCUCUUCCAGAGGGAGACUGGCCGAGACAGAGAGAAGUCUCGUUCCUGGCUCAGCACUGGCUGGUUCACCAUGGUAAUUGCCAUCGAGCUGUGUGACAACAUCAAGGUUUACGGAAUGGUGCCGCCAAAUUACUGCGGGCGGAAGCAGUCCAAGCGUAUGCCGUACCACUACUACAAGCCUCGCGGAUCAGACGAGUGCGCCAUGUACCUGCAGAACGAGCGAGGUCGGCGCGGAAACCACCACCGCUUCAUCACCGAGAAGCAGGUGUUCUCACGCUGGGCUAAGCACUACAACAUCACCUUCUCCACUCCAACCUGGUAAACUAAUGAAGUCUGGCAUGCAGAGGUGUCAACCCCAGGCUCAGGAGGAAAAAAUCACCUUCCCACAAAUUUGAACCAACCAGCUCAGAAUCAGCUGACCGCACUGAGUACUCAAGACAGGUAGGCCUAGUUACUCCAUGAGCACAGUUAGAUGCACACAUUCAAAUUCCGGUUUCAAGUGGAAUAUUGUCAGUAUUUGGUUUAAAACAAGUUACGGAAUACUCCGUUUACAUGUGUGGAAGAGCGCUGCUACCGGAAUACCUCUGAAAUACUGAAUUGCGCACAAACCGAAUACUGCCACCAUUCCAUUUAGCAUCGGAAUAUUCCUCGCAUGUAAUUGCGCCCAGUGUCACCUGUGUUGGAGGGAAACUGUGGCAUGGUCUUUUCUUCUGAACUGGGCUUUUGACA